GGACAGGUCCACCCGCCUGCUGCUAACAUGGAAAACAUGGUGUGGGAUACAGAGUUGGAGCGUACAGCAGAGGAGUGGGCUGAGACUUGUCUUUGGGAACACGGUCCGGCUGGUCUGCUUCUCCAGAUAGGACAGAACCUGGGAGCUCACUGGGGAUGGCCACGUCCCCCUACUUCCCAUGUGCAGGCCUGGUAUGAUGAGGUGAAGGACUAUUCCUUCCCUUACCCCCAGGAAUGUGACCCCUAUUGCCCCUUCAGAUGUUCCGGCCCGGUCUGCACCCACUACACACAG